CGUACGGGGCGCGAGAAGCCGGCAAACAUGGCGGCCCCCUGCUCCCUCGCCCUGCCCGUGGUUACCCUGGCCGCCUUGGCGCUCUUGUCUCCCCGCAGCUCCGCCGCUGGCCACAUCGAGGAACAAGCAGAGCAGUUCUUUAGAAGCGGACACACAAACAACUGGGCUGUUUUGGUGUGCACCUCCCGAUUCUGGUUCAAUUACCGGCAUGUUGCAAACACUCUUUCUGUUUAUCGAAGUGUCAAGAGGCUAGGUAUUCCUGACAGUCACAUUGUCCUGAUGCUUGCGGAUGACAUGGCGUGCAAUGCUCGCAACCCCAAGCCAGCCACGGUGUUUAGCCACAAGAACAUGGAGCUCAAUGUGUAUGGAGACGACGUGGAAGUGGACUACAGAAGCUAUGAGGUAACUGUGGAGAACUUUUUGCGGGUGUUAACCGGGAGGGUGCCUCCUAGUACUCCUCGUUCAAAGCGUCUUCUCUCCGAUGACAGAAGCAACAUUCUUAUUUAUAUGACAGGUCACGGGGGAAAUGGUUUCUUGAAAUUCCAAGAUUCUGAAGAAAUCACCAACAUAGAGCUUGCGGAUGCUUUCGAGCAGAUGUGGCAGAAAAGACGCUACAAUGAGCUGCUGUUCAUUAUUGACACUUGCCAAGGCGCGUCCAUGUACGAGCGGUUUUAUUCCCCUAACAUCAUGGCCUUGGCUAGCAGCCAAGUGGGGGAGGAUUCGCUGUCCCACCAGCCAGACCCUGCAAUUGGAGUCCAUCUUAUGGACAGGUACACCUUCUACGUCUUGGAGUUUUUGGAAGAGAUUAAUCCAGCUAGCCAAACUAACAUGAAUGACCUUUUUCAAGUUUGUCCCAAAAGUCUCUGUGUAUCUACUCCUGGACAUCGUACUGACCUUUUCCAGCGCGAUCCCAAACAUGUCCUGAUAACCGAUUUCUUUGGGAGUGUGCGGAAAGUGGAGAUCACGGCAGAGACCAUCAGCCUGCAGCGGGACCCGACAGCCGUGGAGAGCAGCGACAUGGAAGACAGGAUGGAGGAGGAGCUCACGGAACCUCUGCAGUACGCUGAACAGCUCCCGGUGGCUCAGAUAAUACACCAGAAACCAAAGCCGAAAGAUUGGCACCCUCCUGGUGGCUUCAUCCUGGGGUUGUGGGCGCUCAUCAUCAUGGUCUUCUUUAAGACCUACGGGAUCAAGCACAUGAAGUUCAUCUUUUAGACUCAUGGAUGUGGGAGAAGAACAAAUGGAAGAUGGCAGCCUUGAAUAAAAGCAUAGAUUUUUAUGUUUUUAAAUAUGUUGCUUGUGUGUAAAUUUGGGAAGAAAUUAGGAAAAAAUGAUUUUAGUGAACGUUUGACUUUAUCAUUAAAAUACUGUUAAUACA